CAUUUUCUCUCACCAGCUGAUGAAGCCAAAUUGUCAACAGUGAAACCUGCGAUAUCUGCUGAAACCACAGUAAACACGAUAGAACAGAGAGUGAAGAGACGUCGGGACACAUUAGCGAGACCUGACUCCACUCUGGAAGGCGGUGCAAGUGCCUGACGUCCCCAGAAGCCCCCCUCCCCCAGGGAGGAGACCCCCUGCUGGUAUGAGCUCCAGAGGGAGUGGAGGCCGCACCAACGGCACACUGCCACAAACCAAGAUCUGCCAGUUCAAGCUGGUGCUGCUGGGGGACAUGGCGGUGGGCAAGUCCAGCCUCGUGCUGCGAUUCGUCAAAGGGCAGUUUGACGAGUUCCAGGAGACGACCAUAGGAAGGUCGGCGUUCCUGGCUCAGUCGGUGUGUUUAGACGACACCACGGUGAAGUUUGAGAUCUGGGACACGGCGGGACAGGAGCGCUACCACAGCCUCGCCCCCAUGUACUACAGAGGAGCUCAGGCCGCCAUCGUGGUCUUCGACAUCACCAAGCCGGACACCUUUGAGCGAGCGAAGGCCUGGGUGAAGGAGCUGCAGAGGCAGGCCAGUCCCAACAUCGUGAUCGCUCUGGCUGGGAACAAGGCGGACCUGGCAGAGAGGAGACUAGUGGAGUACGAGGACGCCCAGACGUACGCUGAAGACACUGGCUUGCUCUUCAUGGAGACCUCUGCUAAAACAGCCAUGAACGUCAAUGAGCUCUUCCUGGCUAUUGCAAAAAAGAUGCCAAAAACAGACACCCAGAACCCCACACAUGCAGCGCGACACCGGGGCGUGAACCUCCAGGAUCCGGACGCCCACUCCAACCGAGCCUGCUGCGGGGGGAACUAAACCCCCACGAGUCUGAGCCCCACCCUCCACACCACCUCCACCCUGAAACCAUCCUGUCUCCUUCCACCAACAAACAGGGGGAACUGAAGCGGAGAAAAUCCACUUCCCUCACCCAUCCAUUCAUCCUCCAGACAGAAACUGAAGGAGAGGAAACGAGGAAAGGAAGAGUCGGAGGAGUUGUGACCCACUCACUGAGAUUUGGAGAGGGGAGGUUGGACUGAGAGGAGGGAGAUAUAAAGAAGACAGUUGAAAGCCUGUUGUAGUAUUUAGCACUAAUUGUGAUUUCUUCUUGCAUCGUUUCAAAAAUGCACAAAACAAGCAGCACCCAAAAAAGGAAAAGGAGGAUUAAAAAAGGGCCAAAACAAGGAAGCCAAACUGUUAGGAUGAGACUGCUUAUCUUCGUCUUCUUCAGCGCUGUGCACGCUUGCUUUGCCUCCUCCUAGUGACCCACAUCCUGCUGUGUAUAGCGACACAUAUUGUAGCCCUGGAAUGAUACCAUAGUGUGUAAAUCCCUGCCUGACCUUCCCUGGUGUCGCCGGCACACUUUGCCCAACAUAAAUCCAUCUGUACAUAUUUAUUGUCCCGUGUUUUGACAAAGGCUCUCCUUCCUCCUCUCGUCCCUCACACUUUAAGACGGCUGAUUCCACAUCAUGUUUGAUACAUUUGGUCCCACAGACUUGCUUGCUUAACGAGAGAUCGCUGAAGUGCCGUGUUCCUGAAACAUUUUGGGUUUGCUUGAGAAGAAGUGUGAAGAACUCUGGAGCUCUUUGCAGCAACUAUAUAGGACUUGAGCUGGAGUGUGUGUGUGUGUGUAGUCACAUGACUUUAAUGUUUAACUAAUGACUUACCUGUAGCAAAGAACCAAUCCCUCACACUGAAAGAAAGUCAUAUUGCAUCCAAUACAAUCCUUACUGUCCCUGUAGUUAAUACAAAGCUUUAAGGAACAGUCCACCCCCAAAAUAACACUUUUUCAGAUACUUCAAAACUGUCUCUAUCCAGAAAUCAUGCCCAAGUUAUUCAAGCAGUUUCAUUUAGGAUCUGCCGACCCUAUCACCGUGCAAAGAAGAAGCGUGCACGUACUCUUUGAGAGGCUGCUUCUUCCUUAUUGGUUUAGUUUGGUAAAAUGAAAAUAGCUCCUGCUUGAAACUGCUCACAAAAUGGUCUGUGGACUAUUUUAAGAAACUAGGUCAUGAAGCUAAAAGGAAUCUGAAUGGAUGAAUUGCACUACAGGUCAAAUGGAAAAUGUGUUUUUGAUUUUGGGGUCCCAUUUAAAUCUUACUUGUUGUAUCAUUACACUAAGUGAUGGGGCUAAGUGUAACAGCAUGGAAUGUGUGAGUCCAUCUCUGCCCGGAUGAAGUUAUUGGCAUUAGAUAAAAUAUGUAUUGGGGAAGGAAUGAAAGGCAGGAGGAUUUUAAAAAGGAGAGAUUCUGCCCAUCUUGUGUUUCUUACGUGUCCUGCAUCCGUCCCUCGUCCUGUUGGUGAAUCAUCGUGACCUGAAAUUGUUUAACUUAUUAAUUUAGCUUAAAUUAAUAUGAUGCUCUUAACACAGAGCCGUGUGCUUGGCUGAAGAAAAUGAGGAAGAGAUUUGAUGAAAACACAAAAAAGAAAAAAACAGAAGUGCCUAUUCCCAGUUUUCGUUUUGUGUGACUCGUGAGUGUGCUUCGUAGGCGACGUGCAGGAACACCCACUGUCCUUUUUGCUUGUACUAUAAACGGAUACAUUAACAGCACCCUGUCAUUAGGCUUUACUGUACUGGCUCUUUGUGUGGAUGUAAAGAGAUCUUGUUGAAUACACUGUAUGUUAAAAAUUACUGUCUUCAUUUUAAGGAAGGUGGAUGUGGAUUUGAGCAGAGCACUCUUGGAAUGGAUCAUGAAAAAAACACUCAAUCGAUGUUGAUUCAAACAAGUGUUGAAGUGUCAAAGGAAAAUCUUUUGCUCUGCUUUAUUGUCAGCGUACUUGAAGAACAGCACCAUGAUUUGUUCUUCCCACCCAGGACACUAACGGCUCGUUAUGUUCACUCAUUCAUUCUUCAGUGAUCACAUGUAGGCUCAGUGUUCUGUGCAAUUAAAACAAGACUUGGUUUGUCAUCAGCACUUUGAGGAUGCUUAGUGUUCAAUAAAGCUGUCAAUGGCGCUUGGA